GUUUCCGGCGUUGCGGCGUCGGGGGGUCACUCAGCCACUGGGACUAUCCGUCUGGAAAAUUUUCAGGAAUUUAAACACUUUUAGGCUAAUAAUAAGUCAUUUUUUAACUAUUAAUAACGGACGCCCUUUUAAGCUUCAUGGAGGUAGGCUGUCUCUCCGGCGCGGUGCAUAAAAACUCAGCCUCGCAGUAUGGAGAACUGGAUGUUUACGAACUGUAUAUACCACCACGAAGCUACACGGCUGCUGCUUUAUUCUUUUAGCACCAGCAACUACAUUUAAUCAUUUGUAAAGCAAACAUAAAGGUCCGUUUUCACUCGGUGCCAGUAAACAAGUAAGCCUCUCUCUCUGUGACCCGGUUUCCGUUACUAGUCGUUAAUAAGCAGCCGGUUAUCUUCUGACAUUCAACUGCCGUUAGUGAGUUAGCUGAAACAUUCCAUCAGUGCCUCAACUGACUCAUACUUCGAGGACAUGCCUGCAUACAAAUUGCGAGCUCUUCUGUGUUAAGUGUGACAACAGUUUAGUUUUCAACGACAAUGAAAUCGUCCGUGGCUCCCGGAAUACGACUUAUCACAUCGUUUUCUCGAGAUAGCUGGUAUCGCAGUUUCAUACUUUUCCUCACCUUCAUCUUCUACACAGCCUACCAUUUGUCACGGAAACCUAUCAGCAUUGUUAAGAGUGAGCUGCACAGAAACUGUUCAACUGUCAUUCGGCCAGUAGAUCUUAACAUAACUAACAAUGCUACCUGGUGUGACUGGGCACCCUUUGACCAAGACAACUAUCAGACACUGUUUGGAGUCUUGGAUAACUCUUUCCUGGUUGCCUAUGCCAUCGGCAUGUUUUUCAGUGGAAUAUUUGGAGAGCGCCUGCCUCUGCGGUACUACCUGAGUGCUGGGAUGCUGAUGAGUGGGUUGUUCACAGCUCUGUUUGGCCUCGGCUUCUACUGGAACAUCCACUCAUUAGGGUACUACGCCUUCAUGCAGGUCAUGAACGGGCUUGUGCAGACCACUGGUUGGCCAGCAGUGGUGGCUUGUGUUGGCAACUGGUUUGGAAAGGGGAAGCGUGGGUUUAUCAUGGGUGUGUGGAACUCUCACACCUCAGUGGGAAACAUCUUAGGUUCCCUCAUCGCAGGAGUCUUUGUCUCCUCAGCAUGGGGAAUGUCCUUCAUUGUGCCAGGGAUCAUCAUUGCCUCCACUGGGAUCCUGUGCUUCUUCUUCCUGGUUGAGAAGCCUGAAGAUGUUAACUGCACUCCUCCUCAGCACCAUAGUGAUCAGGAAAGUGGUGAAGCGGAGCCUCUUUUGCAGAACGCGCCCCACACCGACCGAACCGUCAACAGUGCCAUCUCCACUGAUCCUCCAGGGGUUGUUGAGGACCACACCGAGGCUAUUAGCUUCUGCGGGGCUCUCAGUAUACCUGGAGUGGUGGAGUUCUCUUUGUGUCUGCUCUUUGCCAAACUGGUCAGCUACACUUUCCUGUACUGGCUUCCUCUCUACAUUUCAAAUGUUGCACAUUUUGAGGCAAAAGAGGCAGGAGACAUGUCGACAUUGUUUGAUGUAGGAGGAAUUGUGGGAGGCAUUAUGGCCGGCCUUGUGUCUGACUACACCGGUGGGAGAGCGACAACUUGCUGCGUCAUGUUGAUUGUUGCUGCCCCCAUGCUUUUCCUCUAUAAUUACAUUGGACAAAGGAGCCUUGGUACUACAAUUGGUAUGUUGCUGGUGUGUGGUGGUCUUGUGAACGGACCCUAUGCCCUCAUCACUACUGCUGUAUCUGCUGACCUGGGAACACAUGAGAGUCUGAGAGGAAACUCCAGGGCAUUGUCAACCGUGACAGCAAUCAUUGAUGGUACUGGUUCAGUAGGUGCUGCAUUGGGUCCUCUGUUAGCUGGUGUGAUCUCUCCCACUGGCUGGAACAAUGUCUUCUACAUGCUCAUCUCUGCAGAUGUCUUGGCCUGCCUGUUUUUGUCCAGGCUUGUUUACAAAGAAGCUCAGAGUUGGUGUGGACGUGCUCCUCGACAAAGAGGGUUCAAAGAAAUCUGAAUUAUUCACACAAUCAAACUGGGAACCAAACACAUAAAAGAGGGAAACAAUGCUGAAAUUUACCUCCACCUCCAUUGUGGCUGAAUGGAAACCAAGCCAUCAGUGGAAGAUUUAAGGCACUAAACAGACGAUUAAAGCCUUUUUCUUAUUUUAAAACAGCAAGAAUUAUGUCUUUACAGAGACGAAGCUUUUUUUAUGACUAAUCUACUCAUUAUAAUUUGUUUGUUUUAAAUAUUCUUUUAUCAUUAAAGUGUAUAUACUGUG